GGUUCUGAAGAACAACACUUGAAUUCAGGAACUGGUACGGGCCAUCCCAGAUCACCACAGUGAAAUCUCCUGGAAAGACCUGGAGGAGAAGCACCUUUGGGAAGCUCCUUUGCGUUCUCUGUGAGGGGAGACUGAAAAACUUCUGGCUGGCCAAAAAGAUUGCAAGAAGAGCCCAGAUAUGGAGAUAGAAAAUGCACAUCCAGUGGGAGAGGAGCCAGCUGAGCCGUGUGGGAAUUCGGUGGAAGGGCAAGCUGUGUGGUCAGGGUUCUGUGGCACCUGGUGGCAGAGUCUCCCAGAGCAGCUGCAGGGUAGCCAGGUGGCUGUGGAGCAGCCACACAACCAGGUCUGGCCACAGCAGAAGAAGCCAAAGAGGGAUGGCCUGAGCCAGACACAAAGCCUCGAGUCCAUGAUGGAAAGACAGCAUCUGGCUCCGGAGAGGCUGCUCCAAGAAUGCCAAGCUCUCAAGGCCCAGGUGAGCUUUGGAACGCCCCUCUCCCUCCCCUCAAUACAGGUGGUGGCGGCAUUCUCUGCCUCUGCUUACUUACAGCUCUGGCAAUACAAGGCGGUGACCUGGGAGCAGGAACGAGAGCGCUCUCUUCGAGUCGAGCACGAUCAGCACAUGCGAGAGCAGUUUUGUCAAGCAGAGCGCUAUGUCUGUGUUCUGGAAAGCAGCUUGGAUCUGUAUAAGAAGAAGUACCAAGCUGCCCUGGGCCGCGUUGCCAAGCUGGAGAGUCGAGUGCAGCAUCUGGAAGAAGAGGCCGGGAGGAAGGCCGCUGGGUGUGCAGAGAAGCAGAGCCUGCCGGAAGGUCCUCAGGGCAAAACCCAAGCAGAGGACAGCCUGGGGCAGCUUGAGGGAGAGCAGCACAGAGCGUGGGAGGUGGGCCAGGGCUGGCAGCUCACCUGCCAGCAAGACCGGACCAUCCAAGAGCUGCAGGUACAGCUGGCUGCUAGCCACACCAAGCUGCUACAGCAAAAGGACGCCCUGGCCAGCUUGUGCCGAGAGUUUGCAUCCUACAAGUUGACUCACGGCUGCUCCAACACACGACAUAGAAAUCAGCUGUUCAGCUGGGAGAUGCUCCGGCAGAAGCCGCAGCAGAGGGAAGAGGUGGGCUUGUGGUGGCAGGCGGAGAAAUACCGGGCCUUGGUGCAGGACCUGAAGCUCGAGCUGGCCAGGGAGACUGAGCAGAGCAGCAGUACCUUGAAAGAACUUGCUCGCCUGGAGCUGGCUGCUCAGGGCCUGUGCAGGGAGGCAGCAGCCGAGCGGAAUUGGCAGCAGCAGGAGCUGGCCGCACUGCAGCACCAGGUCCGCCGAGCGCAGGCACUGCUGGGGCAGAGCCACCGGCUGUGUGCACAGAAGGAGCGGGCAAUCCAGAAACGGGACAGGCUCCUUCGAAGGGCAUGGGCUAGCCACAGCAUCUUUCAGGAGCAGGCCCAGGCCCAGGCCCAUCCCUUGAACACCAUCUCACAGGAGGCAAGGCAAGGCCGAGCAGCAUGUGCCUUUUGGUGUGUGGGGGCACCAGUGCUGCAACAGAGGGGGCCCAAGAGCCCAGAACAGCAGCGGCAGGCUGUGCAGGCACUGGGCCAGGAAGAUGCAGCAGUGAAGAUGGCCCAGGAGCAGCAGGUGGAAUGUGACCUAGAGCUCCAGCAUCCUGGGCGGGUUGGCUGCCCGCUAGAGGCUCUCCAUAGAAGAGGGUGUAGAGCUGAAGCAGAACUGGCACAGAAAGGUGUCUUGGGAGGAGGUGGUCCUGCUGCUGCUGCUGGUGCCUCUGCCAGAGAAUUACUGAAGGAACCAGUGCAGGAGCUGAGCAGGUCCACAUGGCAACCUGUGCAGGCAGCAUCUAUGCCGGAGCUGGAGAUGCUGCAGCGGCAGCAGAUAGAAUCCUUACAAGUCUCCUUGGAGGCAUCACGUGCUGGCCACUGCUGGCUGCACCGGGAGAGUGAAUUGGUGGUGGCCCAUGUUCGCCAGUGGGUAAAGGAGCAAAAGCAGGUGAAUGAGGAACUGGGCCAUAAACUCCGAACGCAGGUCAAGCAAAUUGCCCAGCUCACUGGCGAGAGAGACCUUCUGCAUGAACUAGUGGAGAGACUCCAGCAGGACAACCAACGGUUGAAGAAUGAAGCCGAUGAGAAGCGCAUUGUAUGCGAGCGCAUCAAGGCUCUCCACAAUAGUGAUUUGGAGCCACGUGCUGUACUGCAACAACUCUGGCACAUACUUCUGUGGUGAGCAACUGAAGAAGGGCCCUGCCAACCGAGCCCAGCAGGAAGUUAUGUACAAUGCAGAGAUGGCAGCAACUACAGGCCAAAGCGAGCUGGUGUGUGGCGAGGUGUGGCAAGCUGGCCUUGCUCCUUGCGACCUGG